CGGGGGUAGGAAGCCACACACACACACUGGAGGGAACCCCAUCAGCUGUGGAAAGCAACACAGCUUGAUUUUACUUUUAUUUUUCCUCAGAUCGAACUUGAAGCGGCGCGUGCGGUUCGCGCCACGGCGAUCGACACGCGCACCGUCGCAUUUUGAACGCGAGCGUCAAGGAGAAGAAAACAGAAAAGCCCCGCCACGCACGGACCGACAGAAGAAGGUGGAUCUGAAAGCAUGGAUUAUUUCAUGAUGCCGACAGAGAAGGUGUCGUCCUUGCAGCAGUUCAAGAAGACGGAGAAGGACGUCAUAGGAGGUCUCUGCAGCCUGGCCAACAUCCCCCUCAGCCCGGAGACAGCCCAGGAUCAGGAGAGACGGAUCCGGCGAGAAAUCGCUAACAGCAACGAGCGCCGUCGCAUGCAGAGCAUCAACGCUGGAUUUCAGUCCCUGAAAACACUCCUGCCUCACACGGACGGAGAGAAACUCAGCAAGGCAGCCAUUCUUCAACAGACGGCAGAUUACAUUUUCACCUUGGAGCAGGAAAAAACCCAACUUCUCACACAGAACAAUCAGCUGAAACGCCUCAUCCAGGAGUUCAGCAGCUCGUCGCCUAAAAGGAGGCGAGCGGAAGAGAAGGAUGAAGGGAUCGGCUCUCCGGACACGCUGGAGGAGGAGAAAGUCGAGGAGCUGAGGAGGGAGAUGUUGGAGCUGCGGCAGCAGCUGGACAAGGAGCGCUCGGCUCGCAUGCAGCUGGAAGAACAGGUGCGCUGUUUGGACACGCAGCUGCACCCGGAGCGUCUGAAGGUGUUAACGCAGAAGGUGGAGGAGGAGCAGGUGCUUAUUCAGAACCAAAUGCUGCUACGGCUACAGCAGAUCCACGCUGCUGAUAAACAGACACACAGUUCUCAGGUGUUGGCUCCGCCCCCAGCCCCGACUCACCACCCCACGGUCAUCGUCCCAGCUCCAACACUAACCCAGCACCCCCAUCAUCACGUCACUGUGGUGACCAUGAGCCCGUCUGCCCACACCAGCGCCGUGUCCACUUCCAGACAGAAUCUUGACACGAUCGUGCAGGCCAUCCAGCACAUCGAGCGCACCCAGGAGAGGAGAGCCAGCGCAGAGGACGAGCAGCGACGAGCCGUCAUUGUUAGCCCCGCCCACAUCGCCAUGGACACCGCCUGCUCAGAUACGGACACGGACACAGAGGGAGAGGACUGCUCGAUGAACUGACCUGCCCCGUCAAUUUGCACGCACACAAACACUUAAACCACCCGCUCACUGUAAGACUCCCUCCAGGAGCUUGACUACUUAAAAAAUAAAAAUAACCUUU